ACAAUCAUAGUUUGCUGCAACAAUGUCUCAGUCUGUCUGGUUCCUAGCUCUGUUCUUAUUUCUGUUCUCUAGGUCUGCCCUUUCGGAGACGGUCAACGAAACGUCAUGUUCAACAAUCAUUCAAGACGUCUUUCCAUGCCUGGAUUUCGUGGAUGGUAGCAGCAAAUACCCAUCUACAGCUUGUUGUUAUGGAGUGAAGGGCAUUAGCGAUAGCGUCAAUGACAAGGGAGACAGAAAAGCCAUCUGUGAGUGCCUCAAGAACACUUUGUCUUCCCUUGGAACAGCUUAUGAUCCAAAUCUGGUGUCUCAACUCCCUGCGAUGUGCGGAGUGCCCAUUACCAUCCCUCCCAUCAAGGGUGACACUGACUGUACCGAGUUCAUCAUGUCUACUAGGGAUUCAGAGCCGCAUUUCUUCGGACUGGGUUGACCUGAUGCAGCAAGAAUCCUUCUGUGGUGUACUUAGACCAAGUACCAAAUAAAAUAAUUGAGUCCAGGAUGGACUAGCUAGUUAAUUA